GUCACGUCUGUUCUGUCACUCAGAAAGCGACGGGCGAUACUGUGAACAAUUUUGACCCCGAGCGUGAAACAACCACCCACUGGCAACAUGUCUGUGACUUUAUCGCGCUGUCUCUGCAGGGCUUUAUCCCGACAGACCGCUCCGUCAAGCUUCCUGUUGGGAGAACAUCACCAUACUGUCCAGAGUCCUUGGUUUGCACCAGUGAUGACACUGAAGACAUCUGCCCCACUGAGAGCGGAGCCGAAAAAGAAGAAGAAAGUGGACCCAAGACGGGAGCAGAUGUUGAGAGAGAGGAUGAGAAAAAAGCUGAAGAAGCUGGAGAAGGUUCCACCUGAGCUUAUCCCCAUAGAGGACCUCAUCACUCCAGCCAAAUGCUUGGAUGAAACAAGGGAACGCUCUGCGCCAAGGCUGUCAUUUGAAGAAAGUGAGGGUCGAGCCCUGCUACUUAAGGAGUGGUGUCGAUACAAACAGGAGCAGCACAUUGCUGAAGUGGAGGCUGUUGAACUUGCGCUAGAGGCACAGAGGGAGGCGCUGGAGGAGCUGAAGUUAGAGUCUGACGAGCUGUACCAGGCAGCACUAAAGCCAGACCCCCUUCUGUUUCCCUUCACUCAUGAAGGUCCUGCCUACACACCGCCAAAGACCAAGUAUGAAGCUCCUGAUGGGAAAUACAACAACAUCACUAAAGUCUACACACAGUGAUCGACAGGGAAGGGCUGCGGGGGCAGCCUGCGUUUGUCAUGAUCCGAUAAGGCAAGAUGCAGCCUUUUAAAAGCCUGCAUGUGUAGGUGUGAAGGACACUUUGCUGACACAUUUUUUUUUUCUUAAAUUGUAUAGUCCCGUCAGUUGUUUCUCUGUAUUCAUGGAAAUUAUGAAUUGAAUCCCCCCCUCCCCCAACAUUCACAUAUCUGUAUAAAACAUAACUGAAGAAAGCUGAAAA